CACUAGUGCUCACACCCGGUGGACGGCGUGACUGAAGCAUCUCCAGGGUAAAAAAUAUUGAAAACAACCUCAACUCGACUCCAAACUAUGGAGGAGGUGCCUAAGGUGUAUGGCAGGAGACGGAGUAUUGUCAGGAGAAUUGGAUCGUUUUUACCGUUGAAACCUCCACCCAAGAUUUAUGUCAGUGUGACAGCACUUCAUUCCAUGUCCAGCUCUAUGAUCAAUGAGGAGAGCAAUGGAGUGACUGGAAAUUCUGAUUUUGGCGAAGGGAGAUUAUCUGGUAGCAAACCCGACUUGUUAGAGCCAAUUAGUUUUGGUUCUGAGGUGCGACUAUUAGCGCUGGAGCAGGAGCUCCAGGAAUUGAGGACGCAGGUAUCACUAAUAGUGAAAACCUCAAGCCAUGGAAAGACACAUCAUUCGUCACUGGCUUCUUUAUCAAAUGGAAACACAAUCAGAGAAACCCAUCAACCACCCCAGCCCCCGCCCCUGCCACCACCUACAACACCGCAUAUAGCGAGACGAUCAAGCCUCCAGGAUCACAAGUUAGAGGACAGAAAGAAGCCUCUGAUAGUGCAAAAAUCGAUGGGAGAUAUGCUCAAGGACAUCGACAAAGUUAAAUUAAAACCCAUCGAGAGGUCACCUGGAGGUCGUCCUCUGCGUCCGAAGAGGGAAAACAGUCCGUGCAAUGAUCUUCAGGAGAUCCUCCGGAGGAGAUACGUCGCCAUGAGGCAGUCUCCGGACAGCAGAAACUCCUCCACUUUGACGAUGGACGACUCCUUCUGAGGGAAUCUAGAAUUCAAACAUGUCGCUGAGAACUUGGGGGAUACCUCGAGCAUUCCUGGGGCCUGAGGGAUUUAGUUUAAGGAGAAA